AUGGAUAAGUGGUUAAUAAAAAAAUCAGUUAAAGGAACAUAUCAAUCUAACGAGGCUUUUAACAGUUCAACUUCUGUGUUAAAAAUUGAUUCGAAUAUUGGAGAUUCUAAAAAACAAGUUGAACUUGGAAAAUCAAGGAAGUUUCAGGAAAAAUGGCUACAAUUGUAUCCGUGGUUGUUAUAUGACCCCGUGAAAGAAAAGGCGUUCUGUUCAAUCUGUAAAACUGCUGAUGAAAACAAAAUUAAUCUUCCAGUUUUUUUAAAUUAUAAUUUACUUCGCACGUUUCGUGAUGAGCUGACCAAGGAAAAAAAUUAA